GUGAUACAAAGGCGUCAGAUCCGAUGAAUAUACACGAACUAAUAACGAUCUACACAGAAUGGGCAAACUACUAUUUGGAGCGCAAAUCAAAGCGAAAAAUCGUCGAUUUAUCCGAGGACAUUCGCGAUGGCUUGCUGCUGGCGGAACUAAUUGAAGUUGUUACCUCGUACAAAGUGCCCGAUUUGACGAAGAAACCAAAGACGCCAAAACAAAUGCACGACAAUGUUAAUUCAUGUCUGAGCCUACUAAAGCAACAAGAAGUCGGUGGACUGGAAGACAUUAACGCGAGUGACAUUUGUGCCGGACGUCUGAAAGCGAUUCUUUCAUUGUUUUUCGCAUUAAGUCGACACAAACAGGCAAGCAAGCAACGAAGUGGUUCUCGCAAACAAGAUCCAAAUAUGGGUCCAUCACCUUAUCAGUCGCCAUAUCAUCAACCGCAAGUUGUUGUACAGCAACAGCAAUCCAUGCAACAGUCACAGCAACAACCACAAGAACGGUAA